UCAAUAGCAAAUGAAGUGUUUUGUUUUAAACAGCAGAUCCAUGACGUUUCAUGGUUUCCAUUGUUUUCUUCACAGUUGAUAGGAAAAUGGAGCUUCAUCGGCAGUUGCUGGCGUUUGUUCUUUUUAUUUCUGUUAUCCUUCAUUCUGUGGACUCGACUUUGUCAAAAAACGAUCCAAAAAAACCCAAAAGUAAACCGUCUGUUAUAAUAAAGGAACAUCCACAAGAGGAAACGGUAUUCGAACGAGAGCUGGUCAAUGUAAAAACAACAGCUACGGAGAUACUGUCGGACUACAAAGUAUACAGUACCAAGACUAGUGAGAGAAGAAUUAAGAAAGCUGUCCUUGGAUACAUCACACCUUGGAAUGGUCAUGGAUAUGAUGUAGCCAAAAUAUUUGCCAAUAAAUUUGAUUUGAUUUCUCCAGUUUGGUUGCAAGUUACGCCAACACCUGGUGGGAAAGGCUACGUGAUAACAGGUUUGCAUGAUGUUGACAAGAAUUGGAUGAGCAGUGUAAAAAACAGAAGCUCUCAAUCUAAGGUUAAAAUGGUUCCCCGUCUAUUGUUUGACAGAUGGUCAGGCCAGGAUUAUGCGCGCCUGUUUAAGGAAAAGAGUAGAAUAUGGGAGCUCAAUCGAGUUAUUUCCGAAGCAAUAAAAGAAAAUGGAUUUGAUGGAAUAGUAAUGGAAGCUUGGAGUCAACUAGGAGGACAACAUUCUGAUGAAAUGAUUAGAAUCAUUGGCCAUCUGAGCAACCACCUCAAGGAAUCUAAAUUCAUUUUCGUUCUUGUUGUCCCACCUCCAGUAUAUCAUGGUAAUGCGCCGGGUAUGUUCCGUCACGAGGAUUUCUCCCGACUUGUGGACUCAGUCGACUAUUUUUCUCUAAUGACAUAUGAUUAUUCUAGCUCACAGCGCCCUGGACCAAACAGCCCUAUACAGUGGGUGAAAAAAUGUGUGGAAAUCCUAGAUCCGGAAUCCAAACAUCGCAACCAAAUAUUGCUUGGAUUAAAUUUUUAUGGCAACGAUUACAGUAUAAAUGGCGGUGGUCCAAUUGUAGGAUCGCAGUACAUUGAUAUCUUGAAAAAUCAUACUUCGGCAAAAUUUCAGUGGGAUGAUAAAUCAGAGGAGCACUUCUUUGAGUACAAAAAUCAAGGGCGCCAUACGGUGUUUUAUCCGUCUUUGUACUCUAUUGACCAGCGCAUCCGCCUUGCAGCUAAAUUAGGUACCGGUAUUUCCAUCUGGGAGUUGGGGCAAGGUCUGGACUACUUCUACGAUUUAUUGUGAAAUCGUUAAAAUCGGCAUAUUAGCCUAUUAAAUGUUUUUGGCAUUGGA